AUGGAAAGGGAAGGCUGUCGACCUGGCGAGAAAAUCAAGUACUUAUUAACAACAGAACACAACGAAUACUUAGAAACCUACGCAAAUACACUUCUCCAAAACCCUAUCGAAGCCUCCCAAGACCAUCUCAACUCCAAUGGAAGUGACAUAGCACCUCUCUUCUGGGAUGAUGAUUACGAUCCCGAAAGCCCUUCCAACUGGUCAGUGAGACAAAAUUGGACCUUGACUGCCUUCACCACCUUUCCCGCCAUGAUGAAUGGAAUCUUCAUUACCGUGUCACACUUCGAGAUCUCCAAACACUUCCAUAUCAACAAGAAUACUUUUCCAAAUUCUUACUGGCCGGUAUCGACAUGGGCUACUGGCGGUGUAUACUCUGCUUUAUGUAUUCUUCCCCUAGCAGAGGAUUUCGGGACCAGACCUAUCUUCCUCUCAACAUAUAUACUAUUCCUGUGCAUCCUCGUGCCCCAAGCCUUGGCUCAAAACUUCGCGACAUUAAGUCGUCACCCGCUUCCUUGCCGGCGGCUGUCUAUUCCAGUCUGUCUAUAUAUCCUUGGCUAUAUGAGCUGGAGCAGUACGGGCCCUGUGAUUGGCGCCGUGAUUUUCCACUCCUUAAGAUGGAGGUGGAUUAGCUAUAUGCAGCUCAUCUGGUUCAGGGCUCUAUUUCCAAAUGGUGACGAGAGCAGUGGUCAUGAGGCGAGUGGAGCUGUUUCAUCUCGACUGAAUCUACAGAGCCUUAUAGUCAGCGCCACAAGGCCGGUGAUUAUGUUCUCGACAGAAACCUAUCCUCUUCGGUUAGUGAAUUUUCUUUCUCGGAAGCUUUACUUCGCGUCUGCUUCCAGGAAUACCGAAGUUCCCGGGACUCCGAUCCCGGAGGCAAGGCUGUAUAUGGCGGUGGUGGGCGGGGUUUUUGGUCUCUCGGGUGGUAUGUUCGUCUAUGCUUGGACUUCGUAUUCGAGUCUGCCAUGGAUUGCACCUACUAUUUGGUUGACCUUUGUAGGUGCCGGUAGUGUGUGCGUCCUGACGGGAGUGUCGGACUACGUGGUUGAUUUUUACAGCCAGUUUUCUGGAAGUGCCAUGGGUGCUGUUGCUGCGGGAGAGAAUGUUUUCUCUGCUUUCCUGCCACUUGCAACUAUGAGCAUGUACCGGGUGCUAGAGUAUCAGUGGGCGUGUACGCUACUUGGUUUUUUUUUUUUUUUUUUUUUUUUUUUUUUUUGCUUGGUACUGUCGCUUAUUCCUACAUUGAUGUUUGUCUUAGGGAAGGAAGUGCGUGCUCGGAGUGCCUUUAUGGAUGAGAUGGCGAAUGAUGCAAGGAAGAAGCGGUCGCAAAUGGUUUGA